AUGGCUCAUGAAAUGGAUGUUGCAAAUGUGCUGUUACAAGACGAGAUACCCAGGCUUUGUACUAAUGAGGAGCUGAAGAAGAGAAAAACCGAGCCAGCGCAAGUUAAAACAGCUAUCGAUAAUUUUGAAAAAUGUAUUGUCGAUGUGAGAAAUAAAAUUGAUGACAUAAUAAAUGAAGCCAAAAGUAUUUGCACUGAACCCCAAGGCAUCAAAAGGAGACGACGUAAUAAUAGCAGUCACGAUCACCGAGUUGCUGCAUUAGAAGUAUGCGACAAUAUAGUGAAUUUUGCAAAUGACAGAUUUCAAUUCAAAGAUCAUUUGGUAGCCGCAUCCCUUUUUUUCGUCGAACACAUUGGAGAAUACUGUGAACUCCUAUGUCAAAAUCAGAGGCUGAGCGAAAUUUCUCAACAUUGA